AUGUCAGCUCCGUGUCAUUGUAAACAUGUAGAUGACUCAUCAUCUAACGACAAACUUUCAGCGUUAUCACCAGAAUUACAACAAGAAUUCAAAGAUCCAAAUCAUCCUGCCAAUUUGAUUUGUGAAUUAUGCCGUUUAUUUUACGAUAAUAAUUGGGUCACUGGUACUGGUGGAGGGAUUUCAAUUAGAGAUGUCGAUGGACCUAAUCCCAAUCUAGUUUAUAUUGCUCCAUCAGGUGUGCAAAAGGAAAGAAUUCAACCAUGGGAAAUGUUUUUGGUUGAAUUGCCCGAUGAAAAAAUCUUACGUACUCCUAAUGAUAUUCCUAAAGAAUUGACUAAAUCUUAUAAAUAUAAACCUAGUGCAUGUACUCCGUUAUUUAUUAGUUGCUAUACAUUAAGAGAUGCUGGUGCUUGUAUUCAUACCCAUUCACAACAUGCAGUAAUGGUGACAUUAUUUUUUGAAAACGAAAAAGAAUUUGCCAUUAGUCAUAUUGAACAAAUUAAAGCUUUACCAAAAUUGAAAUAUAAUGAUGAAACUGGGAAAAUUGAAAAAAUCGGUAGUAUGGAAUAUUAUGAUAAAUUAGUAAUUCCAAUUAUUGAAAAUACUCCUCAUGAAGAAGAUUUGACUGAUUCUUUACAAGAAGCCAUUAAAAAUUAUCCUGGUGCUUCUGCUGUUUUAGUAAGAAGACAUGGAAUCUAUGUUUGGGGUGAAACCGUAUGGAAGGCAAAAGUUUAUAAUGAAGCAAUUGAUUAUUUAUUAGAGUUGGCCGUUAAAAUGAAACUUGCAGGUAUCCCAUUAGUUAAACAAGAAUAA